CCCGACUGUCGCCCCCGCCGCCACAGCCGGACGGGUUUCUCUGGCCUGCCAACUCUGUUGCUCUGGAGGAUUCGUGCGUGACUGAUAAACAUCUGAUGAAGCCAUGACCAGGUGGGCACGAGUUACUACCACACAGAGUAAAAGACCCUUCCCUGCAACAUCAUGGGAGGACAUGAAGAAGGGGUCCUUUGAGGGAAAAAGCCAAAACCUACCAAAGAGUAAACAACUUGAAGCCGAUAGUCUGUCCUUUAAAAAUCAUGCACCCCAAGCAAAACACAAAAAGAAUAAAAAGAAAAAGGAGUAUUUAAAUGAAGAUGUGAAUGGAUUCAUGGAAUAUCUAAGGCAAAACUCACAGAUGGUUUGCAGUGGGGAGAUGAUAGCAGCAGACAGUCAGGAAGUCAGGGAAGAAAUUGCAGUUGCUUUAAAGAAAGAUAGUCGCCGGGAAGGAAGACGAUUAAAAAGACAAGCAGCAAAGAAAAAUGUAAUGGUAUGUUUCCAUUGUAGAAAACCUGGCCAUGGGAUUGCAGAUUGCCCAGCUGCCCUUGAGAAUCAAGAGAUGGGCACUGGAAUAUGUUACCGGUGUGGAUCCACAGAGCAUGAAAUAACCAAGUGCAAGGCUAAAGUAGACCCAGCUUUUGGUGAAUUUCCUUUUGCAAAAUGUUUUGUUUGUGGGGAAAUGGGACAUCUGUCCAGAUCUUGUCCUGAUAAUCCCAAAGGACUCUAUGCUGAUGGUGGUUGCUGCAGACUUUGUGGCUCUGUAGAACAUUUUAAGAAAGACUGCCCCGAAAGUCAGAAAUCAGAUCGAAUGGUCACGGUUGGUCGCUGGGCAAAGGGAAUGAGUGCGGACUAUGAAGACAUUUUGGAUGUGCCUAAACCACAGAAACCCAAAACAAAGAUACCUAAAGUUGUUAUUUUUUGAUGAUUAGUGCUAUCGUUUGUUAGCACCUCAUUGGUAAACAUUCUGAACUGGGCCUACUUCAUAAGUUGGAGCUGGACUCUCCCUUGGAGUCCUGUAUUGUAGAUAUCAGUAUAAUCUAGGUGUGGUCAAACCAGUUCCUGAGUUCUGUCCGUCAAGGAGCACUUCUACCAUUGUUUGGAGAAAAUCACUGAAAAAAAGUAUAAUAUGUUCAAAAUGCAUUUUCUAAAAGAAUAUAUUUUUAACCAACAGAACUUAGGUGUAACUAAGUGGUUAUAUACCUGAUUGUAACAAUCAUCUUUUUCUAAAAACAAAAUUAUGCAUUAAUAUGAACUGUCCCUAAAAAUAGGGUACCUGCUUUGCAUUAGGAAAUGAAUUUUUGUUAUAUUGUUUUCUUGGUUCAAAGUAUCAAUUUAUUAUUAUAUUAGAAAUUAAUUUAUAAUUGCCACAAAAUCUGUAUUUUAAAAACAUUUAAUAAAAACUCACUUGCUAUUUACUUAUUUUUCUGAAUACCUAAUUUUGGAUUGAAUGAGCCAUUGUCCACUAAUGUCCAUGUAACAAUCCCUUUGGAAACACAAUCUUUAUGAAUCCUAGAUGAGCUUAAUUUUUUUAAAUUUUUGUUUUAGUUUUGACAUAAAGAACAAAUUAUUGAGGUUAAAAUAGAAGAGUAUCUCAACUUAACAGCAGCUCUUUCUUUGCCCCUGAUUUUCAAGAGAGAAAUUCUAGCCAAAAUUCAGUUUGUGCUAUUUAACCAGAAUGAUGAUGGCACAUAACAGAUUGUCUGUCAAACUUAAUAGCAUUUUGUUCACAUGUUUUAGAUGAGUCAGAAUGAGACGCAAGCAUCAUCAUCAUCAUAACAGAGUUAGAACACUAAUCAGAGACCCAUUAGCUUCUUUGUUUGAUUCGAUGAAUACGUGCAUACUUAAUACAUAUAUUUCACAAGGCUUAAGCCUCCCAUUGUUCUGUAUAAUGGAAUGACUGUUGGAUUGUGUAUUUCAUUUGGAACUUUACCUGAUUGGAUACAUUUGUAAUAAAAGGAAAC